CUGUUUUCAAGGCAAAUCAGUUUCCUCGUUACUCACAAUACUCGACAAUGUAUGCCCUAAAAUAGUGUAUUUAAUGAAGUUACCUCGAUUGUUUCCGAUUCUCUCGGCUUACCCGCGGACAUUAAGACGUUAAUACUAGUCCCAUCCAAGGUCCUUUGUCUUUCAUACCAUUAUACUAAUUUUACUAUUUUAGUCAGUUUCUACUCCGAUAGGUAAUAGGCCAACUACAGAACACGAGUCAGGCGCUUGUCAAAUUAAAGAGGCUUGCACUAUAUGUUUUCAACAUCCUUAGAAAAACAAAGCAUUUGACGGAAUCGUUCAUUAUGAAACGUUAACCAACAGAAAAACUAAGCUUGGUUAUUAAAGUCGCCGAUACCGCGAAGACUUUCAACCACAUUUGUGAGGGCUGACCAGUUUCUACAACCGGAUUUUUUUUCUAUCUCUCUCUCGUCUUCUAUUAUUCGACUUCACAAAGAAAUCAGCUUAAAGUUUCCAAGGCAACCCAUGCACACCACGUUCCAUAAUAGGCAACAGAACACAUACAAAUGAAAGCUACAAUAUUUCACUUAGUAAUACGAACGCAGAUCAGGCGAUAUCUAAUUUACGGUCGCGCGCACGGGGAAGUGGGCGCCCCAGAUGCUAAAGACAAAAAGAGGCUGGUGGUACAGCUCGCUCUCAUCACCAGCACAACACUCCGGACUGCACUUUGCGCUCAGUACAGACGAACGACAGUGGAACUGAGUGACUACAUUAGAGAGACAGGUUUUAGUCAUUUUGUCCGUUUUACGACUAGGUCACAUCCUUGAACCAUAGACUACAAGAGGCAUGUAUAAGUUUAGUUGUUUUCUCAUUCAUUUUAAUGUCGUUACUCCGUUUUCUUAAUUUCUGCAGUAGCUAUAUACAUGCAGUGGCUGAAUAGACGUGGAUACAAAAUAAUCAAUUAACGGGAUCCGCGGGAGUAAGUGGAUUUGGAGUUAUAAUUGAAACGAUUCCACCGUUUUUAUAUAUUUCCUUUUGCAGUUAGUAGGAUCCUACCACCUGUUAACAACUUAUUAAACAAUGGAUCAGGUACCGGCAAACAGGUGUUAGAACUAUUUGGCAAAUUGUGUCUGUAAUUUAGUCUAAUUGUAUAGGUUGUUUUGUUUGAAUUUCUUGUUUUACAAAACCGUUCGGACAACUUGGUAAGACACAAAGUUAAUUUGGACUCUUAUCUCCCUCUUUCACCGAUUCCUCGUGAAUUUGUGAACCUGGAUCCAGUUUCAAGGUCAUCCCAAAGCUCACUGCUGAAUCAAAACAGCAGAUAUCAGGUUUUAGGUCAUCGUGGGUGCGAGCGUUAACAUGCAGCUGACGUACCGUGUGCAAACGGCCCGACUUUCCCCCGUCUCCGUGGCGACCGGCUCGGCGUCCCACUGACAGUGGAGGGGCUGGACUCGGCGGAGAUGGUGUUCCACAUGCAUGUGGCUGAAAUGAACUGCUCCUCCCGUGACCCCGGGGUUGUGACGCUCCGCCAGGCCCCCGGCUGGCCCCCGGGCAACGGCAGCUGGGAAGCGGCGGCGGCGACUUUCGCCCCCGGCAACGGGAGCGCGGGCGGCGAGGAGCUGCCCACCUUCUCCACCGCCGCCAAGGUGCGCGUGGUCAUCACCUUCGUCCUGUGCGUGAUCUCGGCCGUGGGCAACCUGGCGGUGCUGUGGGCCGCCAGCACCAGCCACAAGCGCAGGUCCCACGUCCGCAUCCUCAUCAUCAACCUGACGGUGGCCGACCUGCUGGUCACCUUCGUGGUGAUGCCGCUGGACGCCGUGUGGAACAUCACGGUGCAGUGGCUGGCCGGCGACGCUGCCUGCCGGAUGCUCAUGUUCCUCAAGCUGCUGGCCAUGUACUCCGGGGCCUUCGUCACCGUGGUGAUCAGCCUGGACCGGCAGUCCGCCAUCCUGGACCCCCUGGCCAUCAACGAGGCCAAGAAGAAGAACAAGGUCAUGCUGGCCGUGGCGUGGGCCAUGAGCGCGUUCCUGUCCGUCCCGCAGAUGUUCCUGUUCCACAACGUCACCAUCACGGUCCCGGACAACUUCACGCAGUGCUCCACCCGCGGUAGCUUCACCGAGCACUGGCAGGAGACCGUCUACAACAUGUUCACCUUCUCCUGCCUCUUCCUGCUGCCGCUGGCCAUCAUGAUCUCCUGCUACACCCGCAUCCUGAUGGAGAUCUCCAAACGCAUGACCAAAGGGAAGGCAUCUUCCAAGGAAGUGCAUCUCCGCCGCUCGAAGAACAACAUUCCCAAAGCUCGGAUGAGGGCUCUGAAAAUGAGCAUCGUCAUCGUCGUGUCCUUCAUCGUCUGCUGGACGCCGUACUACCUGCUGGGCCUGUGGUACUGGUUCUUCCCCGAGGACCUGGAGGAGACCGUGUCCCACUCGCUCACCCACAUGCUCUUCAUCUUCGGCCUGUUCAACGCCUGCCUGGACCCCAUCACCUACGGCCUGUUCACCAUCCACCUGCGCAAGCGCGUCAAGCGCUACUGCCACAGCGCCACCGUGCUGGUGGAGUCGGAGAACAACACCGAUGUCACCAGCUCCUUCCGGUGCCCCGCCUCCCCGCUGCGCCAGAGGCGGGAGGGGGGGCAGGGCCAGGAGAGCUUCAGGGGGGCGGGGCAGGAGGAGAUGGACAGGAAGCCCAGCUGCUACGGCAGCUACCUGACCGUCCGCAGGAACGGAAGGGAGGAGCCCGGCCAGUCCAGCCCAGAUAGCAUGAUAUGAAGGGCGGGGCACUGUACAGGACGGGCGCACUGGAGAUACGUUCCACCGGCAGAAUAUUUAACACUGUCUGACUGGCAGCCUGCCCAUCAGUAAUGGCCUCCGAACGUGUCACACACGUGACUGUCAUGAUCAACACUCGACAACUGGAAAUUUAUUAGCGCAAUAGGGCCAAUGAGCAGCGAGUGUCACAGCGACCGUGAGAAUCCUGAUCCCCGAGGCUUCCGCUCAAUCAUGGUCCCCCCGAAAGCUGACAAAUCAUAAUUAAUGCAAUGGCUGCUGGAGGCUGACUCCUGAACUGUUAAUGAGACACCAAAAAAGUGACUUCUCCCACAGUGUCAGGAAAGGAGGGGGGGGUCUUUCGUGCAACGGCACCUGGAGACACACAAUUCCCGUGGUAAUAGACAGGAGGGUACAUCAGCCACAGCAUGAGAAGGACCACUCUGUCAACAAUAGCUCUUGAUUUGGCUAUGAAUUCCAUUCUAAUGCAUGUAAAUUAAACUGCCUGGCCAAAAAAAAAGUUGCACACUAAUAUUUUAUUGGACUGCCUUUAUCUUUGAUUACACUGCCUGGCAGUGUACAUUAUUAUCCACACACUACAUUUGGACACCUGACAUCCAACAUCCAAAGUAGAGUUGGUCCACCCUUUGCUGCUAUAACAACCUCCACUCUUCUGGGAAUUCUUUAUACUAGAUGUUGGAGCUUUGCUGCAGGGAUUUGCUUCCACGCAGCCAGGGGCAGUUGGCUUUCCAAUUGAUACCAAAGGUGUUGGGUGGGAUUGAGGUCAGUGCUCUGUGCAGGCCUCUCAAGUUCUUCCACACCGAUCUCAGCAAAACCAUUUCUAUAUGGACCUCGCGGUGUGUCCGAGGGCAUUGUCGUGCUGUAACCGGAAAGGGCCUUCCCCAAACAUUUGCCACAAAGUUGGAAGCACAUAAUCAUCUAGAAUGUCAUUGCAUUAAGGAUUUGCCUUCACUGGAGUCAGGGGCCAAGCCCAAGCCAUAAAGAAAACAACCCCAGACCAAGGGGUGUCCAGAUGCUUAGGGUAUAUAUAUACAGUUAAAUGCAAAAGUAUUUGGACAGUGGUGUCAAAUUGGUUGUUUUUCCACUGUAGAGAUCAGAUUUGUAUUUUGACAUCAAACGAUGACUAUGAGGCAAAAUUCAUAAUGUCAGCAUUUAUUUCCUGUGGGUUUUUUUUUUAAACAGACAUUGAACUAUAUAACAGUGCCAUUCAAUGACUCAAGUCCUAUAUAUACCAAGUAUAAAAUAAUUUCAAAAAAUAGCCUGCACUUUAACCUCAUAAUCAUGGUUUUAUUUCAAAACCAAUGUGCUGGAGUACAGAGCCAAAACAACUUAAACUGUCACUGUCCCAAGACUGUUGCAUUUAACUGUAUACAUGUAUAUAGGAUGCUGCAUUCGUGCUAAUGAAUAGAAGUGUUAAGGUUUGCGGAUUUUCAGGUACUGAGGGAAAGCCCCCUAAUCCUCUCCCCCGAGGCGUCUCAGUACCAUCUCCAUUUCAAAGGAAUGCAGAAACAUUCCAAACCAGCACCGCUCCUCAAACAGAGUAAUUCAUCUGUGCGGUGCAUGUUGGUUAGUUUCUUAUUUCUUUUUGAGGGAGAAGGGUUGGUGGAUAAGUAACUAUAACUGAGCACUAAAGCAUUCAAGUUUCAUUAGAGGCAUAGAUCAGUGUUUGAGGAAAAGAUCCAUCUAAUCACAGCAAUUCCACACCAGUGAGAAAGCUAUUUGUCAUGCCAUUUUUCUAAUGUGUGUUAAGCGGCGCUUGAAGUGGAAAAAAUAAGUGCAGGAACUAGGGUUGACCAGAUGAGAAGAGAAUUAAAUCCACAGAACCACGCGAUUGGUUGGAGAUUUCGACCGUGGGCCAGGUGGGGCUUUUGGAUACACAGAAAAGAUGAGAAGCGGCGGAAUGCUAGAAAAAGUGCCAGUACUCAUGAGCAAAACAGAGUAAUCGUGGUACAGCAUGCCAGACCAUACCGGCCCGCUUGUGUUAAUCGCAUGUUAAAUGCUCAAAAUUACUUUCCUGGAGCAUGUCAAGAACUUUCAUGGCUAUAGCACAAAACGUGACCUGGAAAACUGGCGGAGUGUCUUACACAGGAAAUCGACUCUGUUCACACAUGACGCUGACAGGGAAAAUCAGCAGAACAUUUACGGGUUAAGAUGCAUACGUGAAAGCUUCGAUUCCAUCCUUCACUCACUGUGUCUGUGCUUAGUUAUGGUUUAAUUAUUCUGACAGAAGCCUGAGCUAUAUCAGAACUUGAUUACUGUCAAAUAAAUGCACCUGUGUGCAACUUUCACAAGCACAGUUCAGCAAAUUAAUUUAGAUUUUGUUUUGAACUCUACAAACUGUGCUUGUGAAGGAAGCAAAACAAUUAAUUCAUUCAUUAAGGGUCAAAGUUAAGAAUAGCUACAGAUUUGAUCAACAAUUCUGCCUUUUUUGGCUAAGUAGAUUUAAGAGGGCGGGGCAAUCUCUCAGCGUUGCACUGUGUCUCAGGGAUACUCACUUCAAAGGUUGGAAAUCUUAACUGGAGACUCCACAACUGUAUAACUAGCCCAUGCAAUGCGCCACCAGGGCAGCCUCUUUAAUGUAAAGUUUGUGAGCUAAAUGUGCGCCUAGUUAAAAAUGCACUCGUGUCAGCAAUACACCUGCAUGGCCGUAUUUCGGUAAUAUUUCCCUUGCUUGCUUUACUUCUGGAUUAAACUAAGAGGAGCGCCAUCAUGCAUGGCGGUGCUGGUCGUGUCAUACAUUAGCGCACUUCCUUGCCGGAAGAGCUCAGCCCUGCUGUGGAUGAGGACUGAGGAGCAGAGGCUCGGUUCUCCAAACGCACCGAGGGCCAAGAGGGCGAGUGCAUGUGGGAAUGAGUAGGGAUCUCUCAGUCUCCCUUCUCUCUCUGUCUCUCUCCUUUUCUCUUGUAUUCUCACCCUUGCUCACCCUCUUCCCAUCUCUCCUUCACUCCCACCCUUUUCUCAUUUGUUCUCAAUCUUCCGCUCACUCACCCCCUCUGUAUCCAAUUCUCCAUCUCUCCCACUCGCUCAUUGGAUAGUUUCAUUCAUGCUGCUUGAGGACACUGAAGCCUGGAAUCAACAUCUGGCACAAUGCAUUUUUUGUUUUAUUUCAAAAAACCUAUUUGCUUGAGUUACCUGCUUCAAAAGUGAAUUUUGGUUGUGUGUAUAUAUAGCGCAUAGUGGUCAAUAAUAUUGUAUAUGCCCUCAGUCUCCAUACAUCUUUAUUUAAUUUUUGUGAUCACCAAACCAAAAACAAAACUUAAGGAAUGUUGGGAAGGGUGUACCGUUCUGAGCCCACCAAAAUACAGAACUGACUGUGCACACAAAAGCAGAGGAAAGGCAUGGUACGAAAGGGUUCACACGCAGACGAGAGCUCGUUUUACAGCCAAUUUAACAGUACCUUUUUAUUUGUUCAUGAAUCACAUACGAAAAAAAUCAACAAAAAGAAAUGAUGUGCAGGACUGCUUGUAUUUGCAUUUAUCAGUCAUGAACUAUUGUUGUGUUAAAUGUGAAAGAAGCAUUUAUUUGGUUUCCCUGGUGCACAAUAUCAAACGUGCAGCGUGAGCUGUGUCUUUGUGUUUGCCUGUUCAACGCUUAAAGUCGGCACUUGACAUUAAUAAACAUGUUUGUUCUCUA